GCCACCGCUGCAUCAGCCUGCACGUCUCUGUCCUCGCGCAGGGCGUUCAGGCUUCUUAGCCUUCGCCUGCGCUGUCAGCUUUUCCCUGCCCGCGAUCAACCAUGGAUGUCAACUCCCUGCUUUCUGUGCAAAGCAACGUGGAGUCACCACUGAUGCAUGAAGGUUCAGAGCCACAGCUGAUCACCAGCAGUACAGCAGGCAACCUGGCCGGCUCCAUCACAGCCUGUAAAAAGGUUCUUCGAAGCAACAGCUUGCUGGAGUCCACAGACUACUGGUUGCAGAACCAAAGGACGCCUUGCCAGAUUGGGUUUGUGGAAGACGAGUCUGAAAACUGUGCUUCCGUCUGCUUUGUGAACCUGGAUGUCAACAAGGAUGCCUGCAGCACAGAAAACCUGCAACAG